AUGUAUUACCUACGCCGCAUCACUAUCCUCUUCGCCCUGCUAGCCUCUGUCUCGUUCCUAGCAUGGUUCCUGCCUCGAUACCUCAAUCCGAACCCGCCAGACCCCGUCAAGCAGCGCGAGGACAGGAGAUGGGUUAACAGCAGCCCCUACUGGCUCGACCGCCAGGCCUGCCGAUGGCUGAGUCUUUGCGGUGUUCACCAUCUCUCGUGGGAUCCUGCCUCUCUCUUCCCCUACAAGAACGACUCCGACGCCGGCGACUUGCGCCUAGAGCUGAGGUCCCUCGAUGGACGGCACUCCGGCUGGGAGACAGCACCCCAAAAGCGGUCGCCGCGGGACGACAAGGAGGAGAGGAGGAAGGUUUUGAAGGAGAUCCCCGGCUAUGUUCUCGAGUAUGCGCCGCUCGUCCACCUCUACUCCGGCGAGAACUUCUGGCCCUCCGACAUCGCCGAACACAUUCGACACAUGACGCCCUACCUGGAACAAGAAGCUUUGAACCGCUCUCUCGUUCUGUCGGAAUUGCAUACACUCAACAAGGAGGACGGCAUGGUCUACCUCACAAGCGACGAUGACGUCGAGCAGAGACCCGAGUGGCUGCACAGCCACGUCGGUAUUCCCGAACCCUGGAACGAUGAGGGGGACGACGACGGAAGUGAUGAUCACGAUAACAAUGAUCGCCCGACUGAGGAUUCUGAUCGUCCGCAACCUCCCACAGAAGACACAACAUGGUUUGACGUAUCUCGCGAUCACCCUGUUCACCGCAUCUCGGACCCUCGUCGCCUAGCUCCACAGUUUGCACCCGCCUCCGCUCGUACAGGCGGCUUCCACCUCCGUCGCCGGGACCAGGACCAGAAGCCGAUUCCCGACACACCAACUCACAAGCCCAAUCAGGAAGGCUAUUCCAAGGCCCCCGCCGUUCUCGUCAUCGUUGACAAGGGUUCCGGCAUCGUCGACGCAUUCUGGUUCUUCUUUUACUCGUAUAACCUCGGUCAGACCGUCCUGACAAUUCGGUUUGGCAACCACGUCGGCGACUGGGAGCACUGCAUGAUGCGCUUCGAGAACGGUGUGCCCCGUGGUAUUUUCUUCUCCGAACACGAAGGCGGUCAGGCUUACACAUAUAACGCCGUUGAGAAGCGGGGUGUUCGCCCAGUCAUCUAUUCCGCCGUCGGAUCUCACGCCAUGUACGCGCAGGCCGGCGACCACCCCUACGUGCUACCCUUUGGCAUGCUGAAGGACGUCACCGACAAGGGCCCUCUCUGGGACCCCGCAAAGAACGCCUACACCUACUGGUAUGAUUACGUCCAGGAUUUGGACGAGGACCUUGAUCUCGACCUUGAUGACGAAGUCGACGUGGCUAGCGGCCAUCGGAAGGACAACCCCACCAGUCUAGUCCCGACGGCUGAGAACCCCGACGCGCCAACUUCAUGGUUUCACUACGCCGGCCCUUGGGGCGACAGGCUCUAUAGUCUUGCCGACAUGCGCCAAUGGCGUCUUUUCGCCCAGUAUCAUUACGUCUCCGGGCCGUUGGGACCCAAGUUCAAGCGUCUUGAUCGCGAGAAGCUGUGCAUCACCAGCCGCUGCCGCAUUCUCAACAGUCUGAAGCCGGGGCAGACUUGGUACAGUUAG